AUGGAUCAAGUUGAUGAAUCUAGGGCCGAUAAGGUUCAAGAUUCUGCUAGCUUGUCGGGGAAUGUGAACGAGCCUGAUCGAACAUCGAAUACAGAGCACAAACCUGUGAAUAACAACUUGUCAUUGACUCCGAAGACAGAGCCGAAUCAAGAAAUUACACUUACUAAAAAGCACAAGAUAGAAGACACAAAUACUGAGGUUAUGCCUCCCUUGACUGAGGUAGUUGGCGGUUCCUCGUUAAGGAGAUACUUGAAUGAACAUUUGACAUUACAUAUACUUGAAGGAUUAAGAGAAUUGAGCAGAGAUAAGCCCAAGGAUCCAUUGUUUCAUUUAGGGCAGUUCUUAAUAAAUAGAUCUCAGGAGCAGAAAAACCAACGAGAAGAAGAAAUAUAA